AUGACUAAGGACGCGAGGCUUUCAGAGCUCGCCCUUUCGCUCUACUUAAGACACCAGCGUCACGUACUCUUGGCAUACGGUCUUGAAAUUUCGCUACCCGCGACAGGAGAACUUGCUACCUGCACAGGCUUGAAUCAAACGCAUGGCCACCACACCGCGCGGCACGAAUACACUGAGGAUGCCUCAUCAUGUAAACGCUCACCUACUCCCAUCUAUACCGGUCGGCUGGGUGGCUACUUCACGGGCAACCUCGCUUCCCAUUUCAAUGGCGACAAGUCGGAAGCACAGAUCGAUCUGGAGACGAAGAGGCUCAUGAAGUUGUUAAAGGCUUGCGAUAAGUAUCAGAAGUACCGUGAUCGUCAGCCUUCCGACACAACAUCAGCAAAGGAUAACAAGGAGCAACGAUGGCCAGAUCAUCUCGAGGAAGCCUUCUUUAGAGCGCUUGUUCGAUGGCCACCUAUGGGUCGCCGUAAGCAAAUGCUGGACGGGCAGCUGCGUGGCCGGAAUGAGUUGGUAGCAGACUCAAUCCAUAGGGACACCGGCGAGCCCCGCACGCGGAAGCAAGUCUCGAGUCACAUCCAGGUGUUGAAGCCUAUGCUAUCAGACCAGCCGCAGAUCUUGGUUUACAUGUCUACCGAGGACAUGGGAGGCCGCGGCGGUCGAGGACGCCACGGCUCACACUUCGGCCACCACCGUCACCGGCAUGCAUCUUCAAAGUAUGAUCACUCACAAGCCGACACAGACUUACAACAGAGCCUUGGAUACCUCCCAUCUUCAGUGGCUCUUGCGAAACUUCUCUCUGGCCACGAAGAGUCUCCAUACACGGUAGCCAAUUUCGACAUGUUCGUCGAAGUGGCUAAGCGGCACGCACAUGACUUCACCCAACUUAGCAAUAGCAAAGCCCGGCUCGAUGAUCUACAUAUCACUGAUACAAAUUCGUGGCACAAGCAGUAUCCCGAGUUUAAGUUUCACCGGACGGAACAUUUCAGAGAUCACCAUGUCCUUAUUUGUGACGCCACCAUCAAAGUCAUGACGAUGGAGCGGCUUGCUGGAGCAACGUUGAGCAUAACCUUUGACUUGCGUUCACAGGACGACCUCUCCGUCUACGACUCGAUAGAAUGCCGAACACGCUUCUUCGAGAACGGCAGAGUAGCAGACCAACCCGAUGGAGACCGUGCUCAAGGCAAAGCCAGAGAAACGCGCACGCAGGAGGAAUAUCACGCAGAGCAUGGUCUUAUGCACGUUCACUUCGGCUCCAAGUUCUGGGUUCACCAGAUGCAGAAGCUAGGUGAUCUGCUAGGAAAGGCAUCAGCACAGGAAGAACAACCUGCCCGCACCCGCUACGAAGAGCUUGUCCGCAGGGAGCUUCAGAACAUGACCGCCGCACAAGACAUCUACGGCAUCAAAGACGGCGAGCAAGUCCGUCUUCUGACUAUCCUUUGGCGCUUCAGCCAAACACGAUACAGCCACGAAGCAGGUCGCAUGACCUGGCGCGUCGCUAACUUCGGGCACCGGAGGGAGAAGAAGUGGAUGAAAGACGAGGAACUAUCGCACAUCCGCAACGCAAAAGAACUCCACCCCUCGCACACCUCUUCGUCCCUAUCUAUGCUCUCCAUCCCCACCUCCUCUCACUCCAUGUACCCGACACUACCGCUCGACUUCAACCACCCUUUUGGCAACACCCAGCCCCAGAUCGACCUUGACGCCCUUGAUGCCCUUGCAUCCACCGACUUCUCAAACUCCAAUUCCGCAACUGCACCAAGCCUCGCAAACGACUACUCUCAGACGCACUCCCUGCCCUCCCUCACACAUAGCCAAGACACCUCCGGUGUCCCCCAACAGCCGGGGUCCUACCCCGACGCAAACGACUUUGACUUCGACGGCGGACACAUCACCAUCUCAGGCUGUUUAGCGCCACUGGAACCAGCCAUUCAUCUUGGCACUUACGACUCGUACGCCCCCAACGUAAACGGCAUGCACCACCACAACAACACGCUGCCCAAUCUAUCCUCCAUCACCGGCCUAGAGUCCCAGCACACGCUCCCGGAAAAUGCCUUUGGGGACCUCGCUUCCUUGGCGCAUAUCUCCACCGCGGGCAUGCCUGGCGGGUGCUACGCUACGAAGCCGAGCUGGCAUCAUCCGAGUUUGAUCUCGCAACUGGAAAAUGCGGCAGAGCAGUUCGGGAUGCCGGAUAUGCUGCCUGAGGACGGGAACCAUGGCGGGCUGAUGGGGAUGGGGUUUGUGGAAAUUGCAGUCGGGGUUGGAUUCGCAGAGGACACGGGGUUGGUGCGGAAGGGGUGGGGAGGAGGGAUAGUAAGGUGGGAUCGGGGAUGCAGGUGGAUUUUGGGGGAGAGAGAGAGGCGUUUGGAGGGUAUGAAGAUAAUUGUCUGUUGA